UCAACAACAACAGUCAUCAGCUGACAAGUUGACAGGAAUUUGAGAUGUAUCAUAACUGCAGCUCUCCGUGUCCUCCUUAACUGCGAGGGUGUUUUUGAUAUUUGACGCUAAUAAAUGAGUUUGCUGCGUUCAUUUUUUCCCCCCCACAAUGAGCAUCAACAACGAUUUAACAGCGGGCAGUGAACGCACCGCCCGGGACACCGAGGAGACUUCCCCGCUUUUACAGGGAGCUGUGCUAUCCAGAGCCAGAGGUGCCUCCUUCGCCUUGUCUGUGUUUAACCUGAUGAAUGCGAUUAUGGGCAGCGGCAUACUGGGUCUAGCCUAUGCCAUGGCUAGCACUGGAAUAGUUGGUUUUUGUAUCUUGUUGGUGCUGGUGUCCAGCCUGGCUGCGUACUCUAUACACCUCCUACUAAAGCUCUGUGACCAAACAGGUAUCAAUUCAUAUGAAGGCCUUGGAGGGAAAGCCUUACAAAAACCAGGAAAAGUCCUGGUUGGAAUUGCUAUUCUUAUCCAAAAUAUUGGUGCCAUGUCAUCCUAUUUGUUCAUCUUGAAGUCGGAGCUUCCUGCAGCCAUCAGCAGCCUCCUGAGUGCAGACAGCACAGGAAAUGCCUGGUAUGAAGAUGGCAGGUUGCUUCUGAUCCUAGUCACACUUUGUGUUGUUCUACCUCUGUCGAUGUUGCCUAAAAUUGGAUUCCUGGGAUACACCAGCAGUCUCGCCUUCUUAUUCAUGCUGUAUUUUGCAGUUGUGGUCGUUGUCAAGAAAUGGUCCAUCUACUGCCCACUGCCUCAUAAUGUUACUUCCCUUUCAGGCGCCUUCCAGAUAUCAAAUUCCUCUGACUCCGAGUGUUCACCAAAACUCUUCGUCAUCUCUAGUAAGAGUGCCUACGCCAUCCCCACCAUGGCCUUCUCCUUUCUGUGCCACACGGCUGUCCUGCCAAUCUACUGCGAACUGGACCGGCCUACCAAGACCAGGAUGCAGAAUGUGGCGAAUAUUGGCAUCAGCCUCAGCUUCUUGCUGUACUUUAUUUCUGCGCUGUUUGGCUACCUCACCUUCUACUCUAAUGUGGACUCUGAGCUGCUCCUUGGUUAUGAUGCAUACCUGCCACGGGACAUGAUGGUGAUAACGGUCCGACUGGCCAUCCUCCUCUCUGUGUUGCUGACUGUGCCACUUAUACACUUCCCUGCCCGUAAAGCUGCGAUUUUGCUGCUUUUUGGAGAACGUGCCUUUUCUUGGCUGAUCCACGUCGCUGUAACUCUAACCCUCCUGUGUGUGGUGCUGAUAUUGGCCAUCUUUGUGCCUGAUAUCAGAAAUGUGUUUGGAAUAGUAGGAUCAACAACUUCCAGCUGCCUCUUGUUUGUUUUUCCGGGCAUCUUCUACCUCAAAAUCAGCAGGCAGCCCCUCAGGUCCUUCGACUCCUUUGGGGCUGCACUUCUCGUGCUCUUUGGCGUGAUCAUGGGUGUCACGAGUUUCUGUGUCAUUGUCAUCACAUGGGCAAACGGCUCCUAGCUUCCUUCUCGUUUUUUCUUCCAAACCGACAACAAAAGCAAAGAAAGGGAAACACACACCAAAGAGACCGAACAUCGAAUGAAUAAAGGGAACAGCAUAUAUUAUUAUUUAUGUUAAAAUGAUUCUUCUUUUUUUUUAUGUGCUCUAUAAGUCAGAGACCAAUUUCAGCGCACUGUUUACAUCACCUGUCCAUGCUGACUUUUGUACUGUACCAAACUCAAUCUGAUAUGUGGGUUUAUGAUACAAGGGUGUAAAUUUACUUUAAAGUGCAAUUUUAUGUGCUUGCUAUUUCACUUCUACUUGUUCUGUGUGAUGAUCUUGCACUUUAUUGACUACAUCAGUGUUUACUGCUUUCCUAAAUUUUGUGUAUGACACUAUUUGUUGUUGCAAACACAAUGAAGAAAAUAAAGGGUGAAAGUUUUUUUAAA